AUGCUGGCGCUGUUCCCCGACGAGGCCCCGGACGGCCGCAUCGCGUCGCCGUUGCUGCCCCUCUCGCUGGGGCUGGGGCUGGGCGGCGCCGCGCGCGCCUUCCUGAAGGCAGACAACCAGCUGCCGGUGUGUGCCUCGGUCAAGGCGCGCGGCGGGCUUUACGAGGUGUUCUGCCGGGCGGAGGAGGUGGCUACGGGGCACGGCCUGCUGAAGCCCGAGGACGACUACAGGAAGCUGGCCUCGCCCCCGCUGAGGGCGGUGCUCGGCGAGGAGGAGGUUGCGGUGGGCUCCACCGGGAACCUGGGCAUGUCCGUCGGGCUGGCCGCGGCAGCCUUGGGCAUGAGGGCCACGGUCCACAUGUCCACGGACGCCAAGGAGUGGAAGAAGCAGUUGUUGCGCGAUCGCGGCGUGACCGUGGUGGAGCACAGUGGGCAAUAUUGUGAGGCGGUGGCGGAAGGCCGCCAGCUGGCGCAGAGAAGCCCGCGGUGCCACUUCUCGAAGCAGUCCCAGACGCUGCUCCUUGGCUACUCCGCGGCGGCGGCCGAGCUGCGGGGCCAGCUGCUGGAGGCCGGCGCGGAGGUGUCGGCCGAGCGCCCGUUGGUGGUGUACGUGCCUUGCGGCGUCGGGGGGGCGCCGGCGGGCAUCUGCUGGGGCCUGAAGCACGAGUUCGGGGACGCGGUGCACGUCUUCUUCGCGGAGCCCACGCGUGCGCCUUGCGUCACUUUGCCACCGAAACCGUCGGCCUCGCCACUGGCUUGCACGACGGCGCGUGCGUGCAGGACCUCGGCCUCGACGGCGUCACCGAGGCGGACGGGCUGGCGGUCGGCCGUGCGUCGGGGCUCGCGUGCCGCAUGGCCGCGGGCUUGGUCGCCGGCACCUUCACCGUGGACGACGAGGAGCUCUUCGCCCUGGCCGCGCUGCGGGACGCGGACGGCGUCUUCAGCUCGGGGGCGGGCUGGUGGGAUUCGUCCCGCCGCGCGCUCCGGGAGGACCCGGCCGCACGCCGCGCUGCUGGCGGGCGGCACGCACGUGUUCUGGGCCACCGGGGGCGCCCUCGUGGCCCGAGGCGGAGCGCGCCGCCCUCUGCGCCCGGGGCCGGCGCGCCGCCGCGGCGGGGCGCCGCUGAGCGCCGCCUGCCGUCGAGCAGUGGCGAAGCGUCCUGGCUCGCCCACAUACAGGCCAGCCACAACUGGGGGAGCGGUGGUCCUUACCCCCCUGGGGGACCCAUCGAUUUCGACACCCCUCUCGAGAGAUCGUCGAGGCGAUGGGUUGCCCCAGUUUGAACAUAUCCCUAUCCCUAAGUUUGGCAUCACCUCACCUCGAUGCCGAUCUUGA